CACUAGCCGGUCUACCUAGGGUUUUGACCGGUUCCAGGGUGGGAAAACCGGUGCCAUCGGUUACAGAGUUGUAACGGCCAUGAGUGGGGCGGGGCGGUCCGCUCCGGCUCGGAUCGCCAGGCGAGUUUUUUCUCUUUCCCGUUCGGUCAUUUCUUCUUGCUUUGUUCUUUCUAUUUCGGAGGGAACGCUCGAGUUCUUACUUUUUGCACGAGGAAUUGUUUGGCGCUUCGGUUGCGAGAAGUCAGAAUGGUUGUCGCGGGGAGGAAGCUCUUUCUUGAGACGGUUAUUCGAAGAUCAUAGCCUUGGGCCCCUAUUCAGCUAUACUGCAUGGUGGGCAAAUUUGCAGCUAGAACUGUGUAUUGGAUGACUGCCUUUUCGAGCCAUAGCCUGGCCUAUAGAGUCCCAUACCCACUUGUGAUCCAGAUGCUGCAUCAUUCUGUUCCAAGGCUACCCUAUUGACUGUAAUAGAGUUUUGCAUAACACUGUUAACUCUGAAGGUAAAUCUCAUUGGUUGUGGCCCUGGAGGAUCUCAUCUUGAUUUUAGCUGAUCUUUUGAAGUUUUGAUUAGAGAUGGGAAAGAACCGUGAAGCUGGGCCAUCAGCUAUCUGGUCAUAUGAAAUCAUAAUGAUGUUUUGCGACCUUUGUUUGAGGGAAGUAGCUCUUGGAAACCGGCCCAACACGCAUUUCACCAAAGCUGGAUGGACCAACUUGGUUGAAAAUUUCAAGGAAUAUACUGGUAGGGAUUAUGACAGGCUUCAAUUGAAAAACAAAUGGGAUCAACUGAAAAAAGAGUGGAAGCUAUGGAAGGAUUUGAAGAAGGGUGCCGCUGGAUUUGGUUGGAAUUCAAAGCGGAAAACCAUUGAUGCUUCUGAUGAAUGGUGGAAAGAAAAAAUGGAGGAGUUUCCCUCUGCCAAAAAGUUCAGGUACAGUGGCAUCGACCCUGAGAUGGAAGAAAAGCUUGAUAAGAUGUUCAUGAGCGACGAGAAUGCUUGGGCUCCCAAUUCUGAAUCUUUACCUCCUGUCACAACCGACGAAGACCGCGAAGAUUUCGAAGAUUGUGAAAGCACCAAAUCUUUAUCUGGAGAUGCCAAAAUGGUAAACGAGCUUAGGCAAUCUUACAGUGGCUCAAAGAGAGCCUCCCAACCAUCCUCUAAUGGAAAUGGGAACAAAAGCAAAAACUUUUGCCCCAAAUCUGGAAUGUCUGAGGCAACAGGUGUGCCUCAGAUGCUUCAGGCUCAAAUGCUUCAGGCUCAAAUGCUUCAGUCACAGAUUCAGCAAUUAGUUGAUGCUGCUACCCUUAGAAGCAAAGCCACAGUUGCACUGAACAAAUCAUUUACUAUCACAGAAGCUAUUGGAGUACUUGAUUCCAUUGAGGAGCUUGAGGAAGACACUGAACUCUAUGGGUUUUCCAUUGAUCUUUUAAUGCAGAAAGAUUGCAGAGAAAUGUUUAUGGCAUUGAAAGCUCACAAAAAAGUUUGGUAUCUUAAAAGAGAAUUCGAGAAAAGUAAGCGAUCUGUUAAUCAUGUUUGACAUAUUCUAAGCUUUAUAAUUAGUAUUUUUUCAAUCUGAUUAUUGGUAUUUAAGGUAUAAGUUGUCUUCUGCAAUGAUGUAAAAUGGUGUUAUGUGGUUA